UCUUCCCUGGCCUCCUGCCCUCUCUCCCUCUCCGUUUCCUGCCCGUCCUGGGCGGGGCCGAAGAUGCGCCUUUGGCUUGAACAGUGAGCGACUUUGGCCCAGCCCAAGCUCGAAGAAGCCUGGCCCGAAGGGCAGGGCCUCACUGGAGGGCUCCGGGCACGUCAGGCACACCCCUAGAGGCCUGGGCAUCUCGGCACGCCUUGCUGCACUCCGGGGAAGUCGGGAGAGUGGAGAUAUCACCGGUGGAGUAGGGGCGCGCCGGCUCUAGACCUGACCCGUCCGAAAAUCCCGGGUCGGCAGCACCUUGGACAGAGCCCGGGUUGUGGGGUGCUGCAGGGUGGAGGGGCUGUGCCCGGGAGGGUGAAUGCCCAAGGGUGAGUCGACCUGGGGGUCGCGCGAACUGCAAGGGAACGCGAGCCACCGGGACCCAGAACGUCGGGUCCCAAUCCAACAGGCACCCCAUGCAAAUGAGACUGGGACCGCAUAUAUUAUGCUAAGACGCUGAGGCCUGGGCGGCUGCCGGGAGGAACCUCCCAGCCGGCCGCGCCCAUUGGCCCUCGCAGCCGCGACGUCAGGAGCCCAGAGCGCGAAACCCUGGCGGGAUGGCGGGGGCGAGCAGCUGGGGCGGAGCCUGGCGUCCCCUCCCGCGUCCGGCCGCGCCCGUCCUCCCGGCAGCCGAGAGACUACUGGCCGCUGCCGCCGCCACAGCAGCCGCCGCCACAGGAGCCGCCGCGAGCUGUCCCUGCACAGCGCCUGCCAGCCGCACUGCGCUCCGGAUUCCUGUGCGUCCCCGGCCUCCGCCCAGGCGUGGGGUCGCGGGGCCCGCGCGUGCGCAGCGCGGGAGGGGGCACGGGCUGGGACCCCCCGGGCCAGCGCGUGCGCGGACCGAGCACUGGGAGGUGGGCGGGCGCAGGGAUGAGGCUCCGGGUGCUGUUGGCCCGCUGAGGAGACCUGGGGGCAAGAGGAGCGCGGACCGACUUCGCCCGGCCGGGCCAUGGCGUUCCUGGCCGGGCCGCGCCUGCUGGACUGGGCCAGCUCGCCGCCGCACCUGCAGUUCAACAAGUUCGUGCUCACCGGCUACCGGCCGGCCAGCAGCGGCUCGGGCUGCCUGCGUAGCCUCUUCUACAUGCACAACGAGCUGGGCAACAUCUACACGCACGGGCUGGCCCUGCUGGGCUUCCUGGUGCUGCUGCCCAUGACCUUGCCCUGGGGUCAGCUGGGCAAGGAUGGCUGGCUGUGGGGCACACACUGUGUAGCCUGCCUGGCACCCCCUGCAGGCUCUGUGCUCUAUCACCUCUUCAUGUGCCACAAAGGGGGCAGCCCUGUGUACACUCGGCUCCUUGCCCUGGAUAUGUGUGGGGUCUGCCUCGUCAACACCCUCGGGGCCCUGCCCAUCAUCCACUGCACCCUGGCCUGCAGGCCCUGGCUGCGCCCAGCUGCCCUGGUGGCCUACACCGUGUUGUCGGGUGUGGCAGGCUGGCGGGCCCUCACUGCCCCCUCCACCAGUACCCGGCUCCGCGCUUUUGGCUGGCAGGCUGGCGCCCGCCUCCUCAUAUUUGGGGCCCGGGGAGUGGGGCUGGGCUCUGGGGCUCCAGGCUCCCUGCGCUGCUACCUGCGCAUGGAUGCACUGGCACUGCUUGGGGGGCUGGUGAACGUGGCCCGCCUGCCGGAGCGCUGGGGACCGGGCCGCUUCGACUACUGGGGUAACUCACACCAGAUCAUGCACCUGCUCAGCGUGGGCUCCAUCCUCCAGCUGCACGCUGGCGUCGUGCCUGACCUGCUCUGGGCUGCCCGGCACAUCUGUCCCCCGGACUGAGCCACCUCCCGCCCGCCAUGCCAGCCUG